GGAUAAAAUUGAUUGGGAACGUGUUCUUCGCAGGCUUACAUUCACCAUGGCUCAAUCUGCGACGAGAGUGUUCGUAACUUCCUUCCCGCUUCCUAGCAGCACCGCGACACCGACCGGCGAAGAUCAACAAACGCCAACGCAGGAUACGCUAACGGUGCCCACGUCAGAGGAUCGCGACGAUGACUUCGACUGCGGCGCCCGCAAUGGUGGCAUCUCCGCUACUGCAGUCCACGCUCGCCCCUCGGCGACCCUCGGUGACCGUUGGCCGGAGUGUUGAUACGUCUCCGACCAGCAGCGGUGCAACGUCCGUUCUGGGUGCGAGUGGUGGCGGUGGUGGUGGCGACGGUCGCUUGAACCGGCCGCGUAGGGAGAGCUUUCUGCUGACGGCCGAAGCCAACCGUACCGCGUCGCUGAAGACACUUUCGUGCGAUCUGAGUGAGCUUUUGGUGAAAAAUCUGAGCCUCCGGCGAAGCGCAACGUCCGAGAGGCGCCCCCACGGCGGCGACACGCACGAGGAACUGUCCGCGUGUGGUGGUGGUGGUGGUGGUUCGACCAGCAACCCGCACCACAACAACAACAGUGGCCGCAACUCGCUGUGCGAAACGUUCACAUCGGUCAACAAGCUCAUUAAGCUGAAGCGCGUCUCGAGUGAUGGUAACAGCCUGAGUCGGCCGGCUACGACGGUGGUCACGACGACGGUCGGAGGAGGAAGGAACUGCACGAAACUCGUGGACCAACCGAACGGCGGCGCGGCGGUCCGGUGCAAGCGGGUUGCGAUUAGUGUGCGCGAACGGACGUCCAACGGCGGUUCGAGUGACGAGGCCACCGGCGAUAAAAGUGUCGCCGUGCGGGUGAAUAGUCCGUCGUCCGACGAGGACGAGGACCAGGAGGAGGUGGAGGAGGAGUACACCGGGGGUUCGCGGGCCGCACGCAAGCGUGUGAUAGUGAACCAGCUGAAUCAGGUCGACGAAAAUUGUCCCCUGCUGGCGGCGGUAACGCUCCGCGCGAAGGACACAUCGCUGGUUGACAGCACUGGCCGGAAGCCGUCGUGUGUGGUGGCGGCCGCGGGGCCGAGUGCGGAAAACUGUGCCGUGCCGAAGGUGGUACUGCGACGCCGGGUGCUCCCGUUCGGUGGGGAGCUUGGUGAAUUGAAGCGUCGCAGCUUACAGUGGCCAAUCGGUGGCGGAACACAGUGUACGACCCGCGCGCUGAUAGCGGAGGAACCGUCGGCCGAUACGGAGACCGGCGUCCAGCGGGAACGGCGCCGUGACACGACGUCGACCAAGUUCCGGCAUUCCUGGAACGCGCCAAGAUACGACACGCUGCAGGAGGACUCCGAAGCUGGAGAUUUCCGAAAGGACUUUGCCUCGAUCAUUCACAACCUGGCUGGACUAAGGAACCACCUGGUCAAUGGGACACAAGAGUCGGUGUCCCUGCUGGAGCAGCACUCGCCUCAAAUCGUGCCGUCGAAAGCCGCGCGUCCCACGUCGCUCGGGUCCGUCCCGGGCCGGCGGGGCCGUCCGUCGAGCUGGAUGCAAUCAUCCUCGGUGGCCUCGGUGCCCUCCGCAGAUGGAGGUGGCGGCGGUGGAGGAGGGGCCGUCGGGGUAGGCCACACAACCGAGAGCAGUCCUCAUGCCGGGUCGCUGGGCGUCCCGGUUCCUCGCAAGCGUCGCUUCGAAGCAUUUCUGAAAAAUCUCGUCGGCCGCCGCCCUUCCAAGGAGACCCCUCCGAGUGCCCCCGCCGCUGCUCCGUUUCCGCCGCUCCUACCUUCGCCCGAGAUCAAGAUCAGCAAGAGCCCGUCCGAGCACAACCUGGCCGACUUCGAGCGCAGCCGGUUGAACAUCUCGACCACCUCGCUGUCGUCGGUUCACCAGAAACUGUGGUCGGUGGUGCCGCUCCUGAAGCGGGACGUCAGCUGCAGUAGCCUCGCGUCUCCCAAGACAACGCCCCUGCUGCUGCUGGACAGCCAGGCGGCCGGUCACUGCGGGUCGGGCGGAGUACCCGGAAGCCCGAACGCCGCCAGCGGGGGCCUCCGCAAGUGCGAAACGGUACUGGCGCUGACAAGCUCGGCCUCGCAAACCCUCGAGCCCAUCCGGCCGCUGAACCGGUUGCGAAACUGUGCGUCGGUCGCAACCUGUUCCCGUUGCUCUAGUCUUCUCUCGCUGGCCGCGGCCGGUUCGCGGUACUCGCUUAACGCGUCGAACGGAGCGUUCGUUCCGGUUGCGACGACUGCCGCUGCUGCCAGCGAUGCCAACAACUCCUCACAUCCCGAUGGGUCGCGGGUGCGUAAAAAACUGGACGGUCCGGGCACCGGGUCGAAGCGAAAGCACGUGGGCAACCUGCUGCGGCUAAUGACCAGCCACAGCUCGUCCUCUUUGUCCAGCUCUUCCUCGGAGGCUUCGUCGCCCUGCUCGUCCUCUACGCCAUCGUCGAACUCGUCGUCGUCAUCCUCGUCACCGAACGGCUCCGGCAGUCCCGCUGCCGCUAGCGUCUCGUCGAAAACGAUCAUGUUUGUCGCUAGUCCUCCCGCGACGACGUUGCUCGUCCCGGUUCCAUCACUGGGCAGUCCUACACCUGCAGCCGCCGCGCUUACGCCAACCGUUAAGUUCACCUGCAAGUUGUGCCUUGGCGAGUUCAGUGCCGAGAACCUGACCCGAAUAGCGCAGUGUGCGUGUUCGUUCUGCACCGAGUGUAUGACGGCCUACAUCGAGUUUGAAAUAUCGGAGGGUGCGUACGAGGUAUCCUGUCCGGACGCAAUGUGUCCCGCGCAGGGCAUCAUCACGAUGGCCGAAAUAUCCGACCUGGCCUCGCCAUCGCUGGUGGAAAAGCAUCAUCGCUAUCGACUGAAUAGAGAGGUAGAACUGGAUCGGUUCCGUACCUGGUGCCCGAAGGCGGGCUGCGAAACGAUUUGCCGUGUCGGUGGCGGUAGUGGUGCCGCUUCGAACGCCACCCAACAAACGUCCUCGUCUUCCUGCACGGACCGGAUCGUGCCCCUGUCACCGUCGUCCUCCAGCAUGCCCUCGCCGUGCGCCGUACACUGUCACACCUGCCGAGAGGACUUUUGCUCCGGCUGCAAGAAAGCGUGGCACCCGAUGAUGUCGUGUGAGGAAAACUCACGCCGACUGGCGGUGGACGGUCAGGCGGACGUGCUCGGCAUCCCGUUCGACAAUGAUCUCAUCAAGUGCUGCCCGAUGUGCACCGUGCCGAUCGAGAAGGACGAGGGUUGCGCCCAGAUGAUGUGCAAACGCUGCAAGCAUGUCUUCUGCUGGUACUGCUUGGCUAGUCUGGACGACGAUUUUCUGCUGCGACACUACGAUAAGGGACCGUGUAAAAAUAAGCUUGGCCAUUCGCGAGCCUCCGUUGUCUGGCACCGGGCGCAAGUCAUCGGCAUCUUCGCCGGGUUCGGCAUUCUGCUGCUCGUCGCUUCACCCCUGCUGUUGCUGGCCGCUCCCUGUAUCGUGUGCUGCAAGUGCCGCAUAUGCAGCGGCGCCGCUAAGCUGGAAGAAACGGAAGUGGACUACGAUGACGUGGCGGUCGCACUUCACAGCAGCUCAAACCCGCAACGAUAAAGUGGGUUUCAGGAAACAUUAGCGCUUCCCAAUCGGAUGUGAACGAGAGAGAGAUAGCGUGAGAGGGAGAGAGAGAGAAUGUUGAUAGGAAACACGGAAAAUUGUGGCAUUCCCUCGUGGGAAGCAUACGGAUACUACAGUAUUUGGUUUCUUUCUGUUCCCAAAUUUUCGUAAGGAAGAGGCCCCCACAAAUCAGCCCCACAUCAGUAGGUGAGCCGUUUCCACCUGUAUUCAGCGUGUCCUAUUGUGACCCAAUGCCAAACAUAAAUCGAUGGCAGAAAUAUUUAAUUGCGAAACACAAAAGUAGCAGCAUUUGUUAUCUUUAGUACAACACAGCUUCCUCUUCGCGAUCCAGCACGGAUUGGGCGUAAUCGGACACGAGCGUGUACAAAAGCGUGUACAACAAAGGACAACAAACACAGGAUUCAUAGGAGUGGAGACAAAUCAAUUCGAUCGACCUGCGAAAAAAAGCAGAGAAUGCAGAACGUAAUGCUUAUUUCUUACGCGCGCGCGCGUCAGGAGCAACCAAAUGGCACGCCAAGUAGCAAGAGUAUAUUACAAAACUAUAUACAAAAAUAUACAUAUUUCUUUAUUUACUAAACUGUGCUUCGAGCCUCCUCGGUCGUUUCAGCGAGAAAAGGAAGAGAAAAGGUAGCAAGAGUAUAUCUUUAUAUACAUUCAGAGUGGACAAAAAUACCCAGAGAUACAAACAAAUAUAAAAACAAAUAGACGAGAAAUGAAUAAUAACUGAAUUGUGAUAUUUACAAACGUAAUUGAUUACACAAUUUGCUGCAAAAAAUACACAACUGGUGUGUGUUGAUGGUACAUCGCUUCUGGGCGUCCCGGGGACACAGAUGAAGAAGUGCAAAAAAAUCCCUAAAACGGGAGAAAUGCUGGUAGAUUCUUCCGGCACACAUUAGUAGAGUGGCGCAAUAUGCAUAGUCCCAUGGACAACUCAUCUUUGAAGCAGACAAUAUCGUCCUGUGUAGCGUGAAGAAUGUCUGCAGACCGCAGACACAAUAGGAAGCCAUUUUAAUGCACAUCAAGUAAAAGGCAAAACAAAUUAAAAAGAGACGAAAUAACAGUACCAGUACCGUGUGUAACAUACAAAUUCAAGCAAAACAAAGAAGAAAUAUGUAAAGCGUACCACACGCGUAGACACAGUGUGAAACAGCCAGGACCCGGGAUGCAUGUGGAUUGUGUAGUUUAUUUUCGGUCCGUAAGAACGGACAGAACCGUACCCCGUAUGAUUGUGUAGUUAAAUUAUGAAAUUUUAUGCAUUAAAACAGAACGCGCGAUAGCAGCGCGCGCGCGCGUCGUGCCGUGCUGCACAUAGAAUGGCGCAAACGGCAACUCUGUGUGUGAAGACCGAAAGAGUGGAGUAGGAUAGCAGUUUGUGAAUAGUCGUCGUCACGAGGAAUUUGCUUUUGGCCGCGCCUCCCUUUUAUCGCAUCUGCUAGAAAAGAGCUGCUCGCUAAACACGUGGAAUUGCUCGUGGCCGUGCCGGUCGGCUAAUGGCGGUCAAUUGUUGUCACUGCAUAAGUUUGCAACACUUACUUCAACGGGUUACGUAACCGACCUGUGCAAACACACUUUCCGUCUGUUCAAUCCUAGAAAACGAACGUAGUGAAAUCGAAAACAAAAGUCGCGUUAGCAGGCGGCCAACGGGAAGCGAGAAAGCAAGCACUCACCACGUCCAAGGAGCCGGAAAUGGACAAGGGAUGUUCCGGGCAACAGAACAACGCGGAAUGACGACAGUGAAACGUGAAACAUUCUAUCGAACGAUCUGGUGAUACUUUUUAAUUUUGUUUUAGUGAUAUAAAUUCCAAUUUAACUGUUAAAUAAACACUGUACUCCG